CUUGGUGCAAGCGACCUCAGGGCCUCCGCCCUCCGCCACGCACCGUGGCCGCCGCCUCGUAGGCAUGGCCUCUCUGCAAAGCAAGAUCGAGGGCCACCAGGUGAACGAAGUCCGCGAGAAGGUUCGCGCCUUUGCUGAGGUGGCGGCGGCUGUGCGCUCCGACCUGCAGGCGGCGGGCCUGCAGAUUUCGAGCGAGAUCGCGCAGGAGGACGCCGAGGGCGGUGACAGCUGCCCCGCCGGCUGCAGCCAAAAGACGGUUUACUUUGUGAGGCACGGCGAGGGCGUGCACAACGUGGCCCAGAGGCUGUGGCGCGAGGCGAGCGGAUACGACGGUGUCUCCGAGCCGUACACCACCGACAACGACCCGGACGGCAAGUACGUCGACGCCGAGCUAACAGACUGCGGCGUAUCGCAGGCAGAGGCGCUGCGGCCACGGACCACCCACUUGGGCGUCGACCUGCUCGUGGUCUCUCCGCUGCGGCGCGCGACGACGACCGGCCUGCUCGCCUUCGAGGCGCACGUGGCGCGCGGCCUGCCCGUGCUGGCGCACGAGCUGCUGCACGAGACGGCGGGUCGCCACACCUGCGACAGGCGGCUGCCUCGCUCCGCGCUCGCCGCGGCGUUCCCGUCCGUGGACUACUCGCUGCUGCUUGACGAGGCGGACCCACUCUGGGGCGACGGCGCCUCGCGCGAGAGCUGCCUCGCGCUGGCGCGCCGCGCCGCCGCCUUCACCCAGUGGCUCGCCCAGCGGCCGGAGCAGCGUGUGGCGGUGGCGACGCACUCGGGCUUCCUGUGCGCGAUGAUGGUCAGCGUGCUCGGCCUCGGCGGCGAGGGCGCCUGGUUCGGGACCGGCGAGAUGCGGACGCUGCGUCUCACCUUCCGCGGCGUGUAGAUUGGGACCGAUGGUGGUGUCGCGCUUGUGCGACUGCUUGCGAGUUUUGAGAGAGAGGGGGAGAGAGAGACGCUCCGAUGGUGGUGUCGCGUUUGUGCGACUGCUUGCGAGUUUUGAGAGAGAGAGGGAGAGAGAGACGCUCGGCGGAGCUCGAGUCGCCGAGAGAGUCGCGAGAGGGGUCCAGCGAGGUAUGGGGUGUCCGAGGACGUGUGCUGGCCCCCUGCCACCGGGUGCGACUGCGAGUCUAUGCGGUGCGGGCGGGCGGAUGGCGUGUCAGCGAGAGCGGCGCUCUCUCCAGACCGACGGGUCAU